CAAGUUUUUUUAGUAACUACAACGAACUUCUCCAGAAACUAUGGAUACACGCCUCAGUGCCCAGGAUGUGGUGAGAUGUGACCUUUGUGAGACAGCUAUAAUACAGAUGCACUGUGAUUUCUGUCAUGUUAAACUCUGUAAACCCUGUAUUGGAGAUCAUAUUGCUGAUGACUAUAACAAACAUCAAAUCGUUCCAUUCCAACAAAAGAAAUCCACCUUGAUUUAUCCAAAGUGUGCAACACAUCAAACCAAAUUAUAUGAUUUACAAUGCAAGGAAUGUAACUUUCCUGUUUGUUCCUUAUGCUCUGCAACAGAACAGCAUGAAGGACAUAAAUACUUAGUCCUCGCAGAAAUAUACGACUCCAAGAAAAAUGAUAUCGCAAAAGAUACAGAGGAAUUACAAAACAUUAUUUAUCCUACAUACAAAGAAAUCUCAAACGAUCUAGAAACACAGAUUACUAACUUGGAUGAAGAAUAUGAGAAACUUACAACAGCAGUGACAGAACAUGGAAAACAAUGGCACAGAGAAAUUGACAAUGUCAUCAAUACCAUGAAAAAAGAAAUUGGUGAUUUAAAAGAAAAACACUUUGACAUUAUGAAGAAGCAUGCAGAAGAAGUGAUACAAAUACAGACUCUUAUUGAUCAAACUCUGCUCAACUUAAAGGAAAUAGAAGAAUCAAAUGAAGUGUCCAUGAAAAUGAAAUACAGCUCCAGAAACAAAGAAUUCAGCAAACUUUCUCCCAAGGUGAAAGUAUCACUGCCCAUUUUUAAUGCUAAACCAGCAGAUAGAGAACAGCUCAAGAAGUUCUUUGGAUCUCUUGCAUCAUUAUACACUUCAACAGAAGAAAAUGGCUACAAACUAAAGAAACCAGAAACGACAACCAGAGAACUGCUGGAAGAACCAGAACUAAUCACUACUAUAGAUACUGGGUAUGAAAUACUCCGUAGUGUUACCUGUCUCAGUGAAGAAGAAAUCUGGACAAGUGGAGAAGCCAGUGAUAUGAAAUGCUUUAACAUUCAAGGCUCACUAUUCAAGACAAUCGGAAGAAUAUCAGGGAUAUUUCCAAAUGGUAUAGCAGUGACAGGUGAUGGAGAUCUAGUAUACUCUGAAGGGAAGAAAGGGACUAGUACUGUUUAUAAGGUUACAAAUGGUCAGACAAAAAAGAUGAUCAGACUACGGGGCUGGAUACCUUCGCAACUCUGUGUCACCUCCUCUGGUGAUCUACUGGUUACUAUGUACAAUGAUGAUGAAACACGAUCUAAAGUUGUCCGUUUCUCAGGCAUCAUGGAGAAACAAACAAUUCAGUUUGAUAAGGAGGGUAAAUAUUCAGGAAAUCAUAUAAUUAAGUACAUCAGUGAGAACAGAAACCUGGAUAUCUGUGUGGCUGACUGUGAAGUUGGUGCUAUUGUAGUUGUCAACCAAGCUGGAAAAAUCCGAUUUAGAUACACUGGUCAUCUUCCUACUAUAUUUACAUUUCCAAUGUCUUUGUCCGAGAUAAAAUUACAAAUUGUAAAUGUACUUUAUUUCCCCAUCAAUGUAUUGGCGCGGUUCCAAAAAAACCACGUGGAGGGCGGAACAAACAGCUAGACAGAAGCAGGGAUUGGAGCACGUGGAUUGGCGAAAUCAAAGCAUGUAAAUAUAAGGAAUAACUGUCAGAUUUUUCAAUUUCAUGACGAUGAUCAAUCGAUUGGCUUGCGUGAUAAUUUUACGCAUAAACGCCUUCGGCGUUUAUGCAAAUUAUCACGCAACCCAAUCGAUUGAUCACAUCAUGAAAUCGAAAAAUAAGACACUGGCAUCACAACAGACAGUCAGAGUCACAUCCUGACAGCAGACAUCUAUAAUAACUGCAUUCACAUCUUAAACCAGGAUGGACAGUUCCUCCGUUACAUAGAUUACAGUGAUGUGAAGGAAUUUGGUUUAUGUGUGAAUAAAAAUUAUUUGUUUGUUGCUGAAUGGGGAGGAAAGGUUAAGAAAAUUAAUUACCUUGAAU